CUUGAUCUUGACUCCGAACCUCGUAAGACGUACGACGGUGAACCGACAUCCGACAAUCGAAUCUCUUCUUUUCUCUGCCAAUGUGACCGCUGCUUUUUGUGGACUCCGCCAGAGGGAAUAAGUGCGGACAUAACAGCGGUACAAGAGUCCGAACUGCUCUGGCAAUGCUUCGCGCUCCCGAUGAACGCACUUUUCUGGAACCUCGUGUCACUCGUAGCUACGACUACGCUUGUGAAUGCACUCCCCGGGUUUCCCAGCCAUAUCUAUGGCGUGAAUCUUGGCUCCUGGCUUGUUCUCGAAUCUUGGAUGUUACCUCAAGAAUGGAUUGAUAUGGGUGGUCAGCGUUGUGACGACUGCUCAGCCUGCGUUGCAACCGAAUUCGCAUUUGCCCAAGCUUAUCCGGACACAGUAGAUGCGAAAUUCAAAGGACAUUGGGAGUCAUGGUUCACAGCAAGUGACGUCGAAGCACUUAAAUCUGCUGGCAUCAAUACCGUUCGCAUUCCACUGGGCUACUGGAUCGUGGAGGCCUUGGUUGACCGUCGAGUAGAGUUUUAUCCCCGAGGCGGCCUCGCCCAGCUGCGACGUGGCCUUCAACUUCUUCAUGAUGCCGGUAUCGUCGUUAUCCUGGACCACCAUGCGCUGCCAGGCGUUCAAACCGCGAACCAAAUGUUCACUGGCCGAUGCACGAGUGACGUGGAGUUCUAUACACCGUUCAACUACCAUCGUGCUCUGAUUUGGACUUCGGUGAUGACCACAUUGGCUCAUCUUGACCCUGCUUUUGCGAGCGCUGUUGCAAUCGAAGCGGUGAACGAGCCUAUAAUGGAUGCUAGUCAAACACCUGGAUAUGGCGACUUUCAGAAAAACUUCGUUCGCGUGGUUCGAGCCACGGAAUAUUUACUCGGGGUUCCUGCUCCUGGUUUCCCUGUUCUGCCGGCGCCAGUCAAUGGCAACUUUUCGCAGCUUCUUCCGCACAUCAAUGACACUGUCCAACUAUUUACCGAAGAAGUUCGCUCGGUGUUGUUGGAUGCCGUCCCGAUUAUUCUGAAGCUAGGAAUCAGUGGAAUAUCACGAAGAAGCGGUCCACUCGUUACCAACUUCAUGGACAUCAACUGGCAGCACAACAACCCAGCCAACCCGGCGGAUGCUCAGAUCGGACCUCAAGGCUAUGAUAAUCACUUGUACUACUCUUUUGGAGGUGUUGCUGACGCCAACCCGGACGCAUAUCUCACCAGCAUAUGCAAUUUGAAUCGCAUCCAGGCAGAUGCAGCUUUGAGCAACAGUCCUCUUUGGUUUGGAGAAUGGGGGCUUCCGACACAGUUCCAAGCCACAGACGAGUUCCUUUUCCAAUGGGCUGAUGCACAGAAGCUGGCAUACAGUAAGGGUGCUGGCUGGAUUUUCUGGAAUUUCAAGGUCGAGAAUUCUCAGCUUGCCGGCAAUCUAUCUCGGCAAUGGUCGUAUCUUGACGGAGUGCGUCUCGGUUUCUUGACGAAGGAUCCCUCCAAGCUACACAAUCCACGGGUUUGUGACCCAUAUAUCGCGUAA